AUGCAUGGACGUCUCCGGGUCCACUGUAUAUACCAUGGUGAUAGUGGAGUUACUGUGUUAGAUAAUUAUAGUGUAGACAUGUCCGCUCCGCUACACCCGUCGCUACGCUGGCCCGCACCUGUCACACCAGCACCGGGCACGUGCGUGCUGUUCUCCUCAGGCGAUGAAACCAUGCACUGUGUCACACCAGUCAAACGGGGCACCAGAUACUCCAUGCUGUUCUGGCUCAGCACCGAUCGGUCGGCUGGGGAGGACGCAGUGGUCCUCAGCAUCAUGAAGAAGUUACGUGCACCGGUACAGAUGUACUUUGACGAACGCGUGUUCGGAAUGGGACCACAAGCCACUUGGGACUACACACGGGAUCCACAUCUCGUGCACAACUCAUUGGCCGCUGUCGGACUGACCGUGUGUGGCGAUGACGUGUGCUCGAUUGGGUCUAACAAUAUGGAGGUGAGUGUCGUAUAG